AUGAUUGACGACACUGCGCCACUGGCGUCGCUCUCCGUCACCCACGUCUACUAUGACCCAGAAGACCCUCUCUCCCUCCUCUGCGCCUACCUAGCCCUCCUCCCGCAAGCCCUCUGCAUAGUCUACACGACCCUCAUCCUCACGACGCGCGAGGUCGAAAUCGCACUCAUGUUCCUAGGCCAACUGGGCUGCGAAGCGCUCAACUUCCUCCUCAAACGCCUCAUCAAGGAGGAGCGGCCGCGCAGAAUCCACGGCAAGGGCUACGGCAUGCCCAGCUCGCACGCGCAGUUCGUCGCCUUCUGGAGCGUCUCCCUCACGCUGUUCCUCUUGCUACGGCACAGGCCGCAGACGCAGGCGCCGCACGCAGGGCACACUCGGUCGUGGACGGUGGUCGAGCGUGCGGGCAUAGCUCUCGUGACGGCCGUGGUGGCUGGGCUCACGGCAUGGAGCAGGAUAUACUUGAAUUACCAUACGCCCAGGCAGGUUAUCGUGGGGAGCGUGGCCGGCGUGGUGAUUGGGCUGGGGUGGUUUGCUGUGACGGCGGUGGUGCGGCGGACGGGGCUGCUGGCGUGGGGGCUGGAGUUACCGAUUGCGAAGGCGUUGAGGGUGCGGGAUCUGGUUGUGAGUGAGGAUGUUUGCCAGGCUGGGUGGGAGAAGUGGGAGCGGAGGGACAAGGUGAAGACGGGUUGA